AUCGACCUCAAGUACAGGCGUAAGCGAGCGGAUGAUGCUGGUGGCCGAGCCGACGUGGAUGGACACGGGACGCUACCCGCAUCGCUACCUCUAUGUGGCGUUCGCUAUCUACCAGUGUUUUCUUGGCGCAGGAAUUAUCUUUGGCUGGUAAAUGUAGCUUUUUGGGGGUUGGAGAAUCCUCUGGAGAUUUUGCAUCUUAUGUGUUGACGUUUGAUGUGGCGCUGCUGUGCAGGACGUCUCUGGUGCCCAUGCUGGAGAAGGAGCGGAUAUACAACGAGUUAUGCAAGCCUGGAGAAACAAGUACGUCGGUCGGUGGGCAUGAGAAUUCGGACUGUCAUCUGAAGCGAGUUUUAUUGUGUGCCAGUUUGCACAGCGCAAAGCGACCGUCUCCAGUACGCAUUCACGAUGGCAGUCUCCAGCAGCAUGUGGUCCAAUUUGCUGCUCGGCCUCGUAUUUGAUAAGUACGUCAUGACUAUCGUAGCAAUACUGCGGCAGACUGAUGAUAUUUGCGUGUGCAGAUUCGGUCCCCGCGUGACGAAGUCUAUUUCGUUGGUGCUGUUAAUAACUGGCGCAUUGUUAAUGGGAAAUGCACACUAUAGAGAAAACUCAGAAGGAAUCGACCUGCUGCUCUAUGGAAUGAUUCUUGUCGGGUUCUCGGGUCCCGGUAUCCAGCUCUCUGGCAUUCAUAUGUCCAAUUUGUUCCCCGAAGCAACAGCGCUCGUUGCGUGUUUCAUUGUCGGAGGGCUGCAGCUGAGCUUCUUAAUCUUCACGCUGUUCGACCUCGCAUGUGUACACCUCGAGAUGUCCAUGGUUACUAUCUUCGAGGUAUACGCGGGUGUAGUAUUCCUCUCGCUCAUCGGUACAGUGCUUACGGAGCCGGACACGCCCUUCGAGGUCAUUCCAAGUGAAGAGCACGAGCUGCUCUCGCCCAUGCGUCUACCGUCCGUGUUCAAGGAGGAGGAGGUCUCACUUCUUCUAUCAACACCUGAGCUGGACAAAUACCGCAAACGUCAUCGCCUGCCGACCGAUGAGGUUUUCUUCGACGGGGACCUGCACAACCGCUCAUUCCGGACGCAAGUCCUGUCCAAGCCUUUCCUACUCGUUGUGUUCUACUUCUCCAUCCUGUCGCUCUGGUGCAAUUUCUUCCUGGGCAGCAUCACUGGACUGUUGCGCUGGAAGGGUUUUCCAGAGAGCGAAGUGGCCAGCUUGCUUGCUAAGCUGGCCUUUGUGUUGCCGAGCAGUGUGGUCUUCAUCCCAUUUGUGGGGUACCUGUUGGAGAAAUGCGGGUACACGUACUCGUCAGUGCUGUGCACAGUGGUGGCUCUGUGCUUUACGGUGAUGUUGAGUAGCAUGUCGACCGGGUGGAUCGUGGCAGGCUUCGUGACCUAUGCAUUCUUCCGGACCAUCAUGUUCCCGCUGUUAUUCGCGUACUUGGGGCAUCGCUUCGGCUUCCAACACUAUGGAGCGUUGUCGGGUAUCGCGUUCUGCAUCGGUGGCCUCGUGGGGCUACUGCAAACGCCAAUUGCUGCCAUCGAGGACUUCCAGACCAUCGGUUAUGUGCAGGUUCGUGACGUGGUUUGCUUCUGAUUCUGGUCCGACAGGAUCGGCGUUGAUUUCAUUUACUCCGACUUACGUAUGCUCUGUUGUUUCGUCGCCUACGUUUGCUAUGGGGUCCGCUAUAGUUCGGAACCCUGCUUCUCACGCUCGUGGCGCCCUACUUCGAGCGGCAGCGUGACGCGUACUACUAGAGCAAUAACUGUGGCACCGCGCAAGUGACUCUCUAAGAUUCCGGACAGGCGGUGUGUGUAACGGACUGACGUGUCCGGUAACCAAUUCUGAUCGUGUCGCUGACGUUCAGCACCGCUGGACAUUGGAGACCUUCGAGCUGCCGAACCCAGGAAGUAAAGCACGCAUGGAGUUUUCUCACGCGCGUCGAGUUGCAAGGCACACUCAACUUGCUGCUUGCUGGGUAGCCACUUGUCGCGCGGGCUCGUCUUGCUACAAUGAGGCGAAGAGCUCAUCACGCCAAAAGCCGUUAAUCGGGGUAACUAAAGAAUAAAAAUACGGUGCCGGAUUUUUAGUAUGGAACUGAGUAAGUCCGAUUCCACUGGAUCUCGAUA